UUUGAAAUUGUAGACUUGGGAGAACAUUAUAGCCUUUCUUCGCAAUCAUUAUUUUUAAAUUUUUUACAUAUUUUUAUCCCAUAAAGGACAUUAAACUCAAGAAAAAGUAACAUUUUCUUUGAAAUCAAUUUCGGUUCGACCUUUCACAACCUUUUUUUUACAAUCUAGCAAGCUUUGCCGCAACUUGUAAUUAAUUAUUAGCAGAUUUUUUAAACAUUUCAAAUAUCUUUAUAGUUUUUGAUUAGAAAAUACUUUUCUUUCACAGGUUCUAUGCCACUGGCAGACUUUUGCUGUCCUUUGUCAAUCUGUGACAGCCUGCCACCCUUCCAGCAGUCGUUCGCCAUGCCGCUGUUCAACAAGAAGUUCGAAUCGAAGCCCAUUCCCGUGCGUCAGGGUCGUUGCAAUAUUGGACAUCCGCUGGCCACCGAAGAUCUGGAGGAUUUCCGGCAAAUAUCACUGACUCUGGGCAACAAGGAGCUGCGUUUUGCGGAUGGUAUUUGGAUGCACUCCUCCCGUAAGGGUGACGUCGAUGACAUGCUUAGGUUGAACAAGAAGUUUCGAGCUCUCGAGGAGGAGAAUAAUAUGUGUAACCUGAAGAUCGAGGUGAUGCUGGAUCUCUUGGCGGAGCAUGCCACUGAGCUAAGUGAACUUAAGCCAAAGGAGAAGUAAAGAGGGGUAAUAAAAUGGAGAAACUGCAGACUAAAAUAUUUAUUUAACACUUUUUUUAAGGAUAAAAGCAGAAGAAAAAACAUUGUCAAAGAAAGUCUGUA